AUGCUAUUUCGGACAGCAGUGGUGUCGUCUCUGGCACUAUAUGGCCUAGCUGUGGCUGAGACGGGCAUUGAUGGCUGGCUUCGCUACAAGAAGCUACCGUACAAAGCCCCCAACGACUUCAAGCAUCCCAAGAGCAUCAUCACUCUCAAUGCAACCAAAUCCAGCCCCGUAUACACUGCUGGCACCGAGUUAGAGGACGCCUUCGCGGGUAUCUUUGGAGAGCAGAUCCCGCGUAAAUUCAAGGGCUGCGACCACCAGAACUCCAUAAUUGUGGGCAGUCUUGACGCCUAUCAUGAUGGGUGUGGCAAGGCACAACUCCCCGCGCCUCUCGAGGAAGACGGGUUUUGGCUCCGUAUCAAGGGUAGUUCCGUUAAGAUUAUCGGCCAUAAUGAGAGGGGCGCACUCUAUGGCGCCUUUGAAUACGCAUCCAUGCUUUCCCAAGGCAACUUCUCAGACAUUUCCUACGUCUCCAAUCCAACCAACGCUAUCCGCUGGACCAAUGAGUGGGAUAAUAUGGACGGCACUAUUGAACGCGGCUACGGCGGCAAAUCAAUCUUCUUUGCGCAAAACAAGACUAUGCCUGACAAGGCCCGGGUGAAGCAGUACGGCCGGUUGCUGGCGUCCAUCGGUAUAAACGGUGCCAUCCUGACCAACGUCAACGCCAACCCUAUCACCCUGAAACCGGACAAUAUUCGUGGACUUGGCGAAAUCGCGGCAAUAAUAAAGCCGUACGGCGUACAAAUUGGCCUUGCACUCAACUUUGCUUCCCCGCAGACUUUGGGUGGGCUAUCGACGUUUGAUCCACUCGAGCCAUCCGUUAUCUCCUGGUGGGAAGACAUCAAAAACCUGAUCUAUGAUGAAAUUCCAAACCUUGCAGGGUACCUUGUCAAAGCCAACUCCGAAGGACAACCAGGACCGCUCACCUACAAUCGCACGCUGGCCGAAGGAGCAAAUCUCUUCGGAGAUGUCCUCAGACCGCAUGGAGGAAUCGUCCUAUUCCGCACAUUUGUGUAUGAGAUGCUUAAUAUCACCGACUGGAAGGCAGAUCGCUCUGCAGAGGCAUAUAAUGCGUUCCAAGGUCUCGAUGGAAAAUUCCAUGAUAACAUUAUCCUUCAGAUGAAGUACGGUCCACUCGAUUUCCAAGUUCGGGAACCUGCACAUCCCUUAUUUGGAUACUUUAAGAAUGCCAACGCUGGUAUUGAGCUUCAGAUCGCACAAGAGUACCUGGGACAGCAAGCACAUACCGUCUACCUGGCUCCUCUCUGGAAAGAGAUAUUAGAUACGGAUCUUCGUGUUGAUGAUAAGCCAUCUUUUGUGCGAGACAUCAUCUCGGGCAAGCGGUUCAACCGUCGGAUUGGUGCAUUCUCAGGUGUAGCGAAUGUAGGGAUGAGCCAGACAUGGACUGGUAGCCAUCUCUCUAUGUCUAACCUUUAUGCAUUUGGCCGCUUGGCCUGGAACCCUAUCGAUGAUCCCGAAGCAAUUAUUAAAUCGUGGAGUCGUCUGAAUUUCGGUCUUCAUCGUCAAGUGACAGAUAUCGUCACGCGUAUCGCCAUGGAGUCAUGGCCGGCAUAUCUGAACUAUAGCAGUGGAGACCUGGGACUGCCGACCCUUACAGAUGUUACGAAUAACCACUUCGGACCGAAUGUCCGAGCUGGCGAUGACAACCCUUAUGGUAUCUGGACUCGAUCUGAUUCAUUCUCUAUCGGUAUGGAUCGUACUGUGGCGAAUGGUACAGGCUUCUCCGGUCAAUACCCUCCCGCAUUGGCAAAGAAAUUCGAAGACAUAGAAACCACACCCACGAACAUGAUCCUAUGGUAUCAUCACGUCAACUACACACACAAGCUUCCGACUGGAAAGACAGUAAUACAGAAUCUCUACGAUGCCCAUUAUGCUGGGGCCGAAACGGCACAUACUUUUCCAAAGUUAUGGAUGGGAGCUCAAAAAUAUGUUGACGAGGAACGUUUCAAUUCUGUUCUUUUCCAGCUCACUUUCCAAGCAGGUCAUUCGAUCGUGUGGAGAGACUCCAUUGUGGACUAUUAUCACAACCUUACAGAGGUUCCUGACGAGGCGGGACGUGCUGGACACCAUCCAUGGCGUAUAGAGGCCGAGGCUAUGUCUUACAGCGGAUACAAGACCGCCGUGCUAGACCCUAUCAAGUCUGCCUCUACUGCCACGUCUCUCGUAACACUAGGUAAUAGUACAGUGGCCACAGCUAGUGCGAAGCUCGACUUCGAGCCUGGGAGAUAUGACGUCGCAGUUGUGUAUUUUGAUAUCCUCGGUGGGACUUCACAGUGGGAAGCGUAUCUGAACGGCAAGUCUUUGGGGAAGUGGGUUGGCAAUCUGGAAUCAACCCUCAGCCGCGCAGCAAUGAAAGAGCCAGAUGGCGCUUCCAAAGCCCGUAUCACGUUCCCAAAUGUCAAGAUUGCCAAAGGGGAUAUCUUCAAGGUCGUAGGAAAGGCGGACCGCGCGGAAUUGGCACCUCUGGACUUUGUAGCAUUUCUGCCCCAGGGAGUUAUUGAUUGA